GUGCGCGUUUGUUCUGCAGAUGGUCAACUCCCUCUGAACCCUGCAGAUUGGUGCUGAGCACGCAACAAAAGUUUUUAGCUUCCCCUCAGUUUCUGGUGCUUCCCAGGAGGGAGGAAAGGACUUUGGCAUUACAGACAAGAAGCAGUCAGGGAGACUUCUGUAACUUUCCAGCACUGUUAACCGUUUGCAAUGAAGAGGAAACAGAAGAGAUUUCUGCAAAUGACUUUGUUGUUCACUGUGGCUUUAAUUUUCCUGCCCAAUAUUGGUCUCUGGUCUUUGUAUAAGGAUAAACACCUGGUGAAAUCGGCAGACCCUGCGGAGCAUCAGACAUUUCCACUGGGCCUGGGAGAUGGACAAUUCUAUUCCUGGACAGAUGGUCUGAGAAGAAAAGACUGGCAUGACUAUGAAAGCAUUCAGAAAGAGGCUUUGCGCUCAGGGAAAGGUGAGCAUGGAAAACCAUACCCCCUUACAGAAGAGCACCAUGAUGAUUCUGCUUACAGGGAAAAUGGCUUCAAUAUUUUUGUCAGCAACAAGAUUGCUCUAGAGAGGUCUCUGCCAGACAUCCGCCAUGCUAACUGUAAGCACAAGAUGUAUCUUGAAAAGCUGCCAAACACCAGCAUCAUUAUCCCAUUUCACAAUGAAGGUUGGACCUCGCUCUUACGGACUGUACACAGCAUAAUUAACCGAACCCCACAGAGUCUGAUCGCAGAAAUCGUUCUAGUCGAUGACUUCAGCGACAGAGAACACUUGAAGGAUAAGUUAGAAGAUUACAUGGCUCGAUUUUCCAAAGUGAGAAUUGUUCGCACCAAGAAAAGGGAAGGACUCAUCCGGACCCGGCUCCUGGGAGCUUCUGUGGCCAAAGGCGAGGUGCUGACCUUCCUGGACUCCCACUGUGAGGUCAAUGUGAACUGGCUGCCCCCGCUCCUCAACCAAAUUGCACUAAACCACAAAACCAUCGUGUGCCCCAUGAUCGAUGUCAUUGACCACAAUCACUUUGGCUACGAGGCACAAGCUGGGGAUGCCAUGCGAGGAGCCUUCGACUGGGAAAUGUACUACAAAAGAAUUCCCAUCCCUCCCGAGCUCCAGAGGGCUGACCCCAGCGACCCCUUUGAGUCUCCUGUUAUGGCUGGAGGUCUCUUUUCAGUGGAUCGAAAGUGGUUUUGGGAACUGGGUGGCUAUGACCCAGGCUUAGAGAUCUGGGGAGGAGAACAGUAUGAAAUCUCCUUUAAGGUUUGGAUGUGUGGAGGAGAAAUGUUUGACGUUCCGUGUUCUAGAGUUGGUCAUAUCUACAGGAAGUACGUCCCUUACAAAGUUCCUUCUGGGACCAGCUUGGCAAGAAACCUGAAGCGUGUGGCCGAGACCUGGAUGGAUGAAUUCGCCGAGUACAUUUACCAGCGACGGCCAGAGUACAGGCACCUCUCCACCGGGGACAUCUCUGCCCAGAAGGAGUUGCGAAAACGGCUCAAGUGCAAGGACUUCAAGUGGUUCAUGGCUGCAGUGGCCUGGGACGUGCCUAAGUACUACCCUCCGGUAGAGCCCCUGCCUGCCGCGUGGGGGGAGAUUCGAAACGUGGCGGCAAACCUAUGUGUGGAUAGCAAGCACGGAGCCACAGGGACCGAGCUGAGGCUGGACGUCUGUGUCAAGGAUGGUUCCGAGAGGACAUGGUCUCAUGAACAGCUCUUUACUUUCGGGUGGAGAGAAGAUAUUAGACCCGGUGAGCCUCUGCACACCCGGAAAUUCUGCUUCGAUGCAAUCUCGCACAGCAGCCCUGUCACCCUCUACGACUGCCAUGGCAUGAAAGGGAACCAGCUCUGGGGAUACCGGGAGGACAGAACAUUAUUUCAUUCUGUGAGCAACAGCUGUAUGGACUGCAACCCCGCAGAGAAGAAGAUUUUCAUGGCCAGAUGUGACCCUCUGUCUGAGACUCAGCAAUGGAUUUUUGAACAUAUCAACAUGACUAUUUUAGAAAAAAAUAGCCACCAUGACAGCUCCUAGAAAGGAAAGAAGAGUGAUUACCUACAGAUUGAGAACUGUGUUGUCACAGGCAUCUGGGUCAAAGGAGUCAGGAAUAACAUUUCCUAGAUCCAGGGAGCCUGCUUGAAAGAUGUGUAAAUGCCACAUCAACGUAGGCUAUCCAGGAGAAGUUCCUACACGUGAAGGACUUGGCUGAGAACCUCACCAGCUGCUUCUGAGAACCGAGACUAGCAGUUCCCUUGCUGGCCAAGGGUAAAGAUUAUUUAGGGACUUUCACCACAACUGCUGAGUUAAUCAAUCCUAGCCUUUCUCAGGUCAAAUCCUGCAGUAGUGAGUAGCUAUGAAUGGAUCCUAUAAAUUGGGUGGGAGGGGGGUGGAGGCAGAGCGCAUGACUGCUCUGGAAACCUGAGGCUACCACAGCGCUAGAACUAGCUUAAGGGGUGAGCUCUACUCUUUGGUGCCAUUCUCUGAGAAUGGGUUAAGCAGGUUUAACCCUUUAAAGUGCUGCAGAUGAUUUCAGAGUGCUCA